UCCGAUUCACGUGACGGUUGUUGUUGAUCGAGCGCGCGCCUCGAUCCACGCUCGCAAAGUCUCCCGACGCUCUCCCGUGUUAUUCUGUAUACGCUUUCGUCGCGUUAUCGUGUGCGUAGCGUAAGUGCGUGUGUUCGUUCCGAUAACGAGAGCGAGUCGAGGGAGGAGAUAAAAAGAACGCGUGCGAAGAAGAGCGGCUCUUCUUCGCGAAGAAGGCGCGUUUUAAUCGCGCGUGUGUUCGAAGAGAAGAGCGUAAAAGGAAAGGGGUAUUUAUUUAUACAAUCAAGAAGCUACGGAGUGAGAAGAAGGGAAAAGGGGGCUCGAGAUAAGGAAGGGUCUUCCGAGGGGUCUUAUGCCUGCCCUCAGGAAGAUCGUCCUCGCGCUGUUGUCACCGAGCGUGAUGCGAGACAACUACCAAGUCUCGUCCCUGCCGCCCUCGGCAGGCAAGGGUUGAUCGGAGCGCAAACGGAGCAAUCUUGAGAAGCGUCGGAUCGAGAAACGAAAAUUCGCUUGAUAGAAAAAUUCGAUGCGGCCCUCUGUUUUCGAAAAACGAAGCGAAACUCGUUGACGGCCGAUCGGAUGUUUAAAAACGGGAGCGUUUCGCAUCAGGUAUACGCACAUAGAUGUAAAUAAAAAAAAUAUAUACAUAUAAAUAAACGCGGAUCUCUCUCCAGUUGGGUCAACGAUCGCGCGGACCCCGACGUGUUCUCCUCUCCACGGGCGUAUCCGCCGACCGGAGCACAUACACGCACACGCAUCGGCGUACUACUCCUACGUGGUAGCACGCGUUGGUUUCACGAGAGUGACCGCGUCGACGGCGUCGUCGGCGUCAGGAGUGAAAAGGCGGUCGACCGUUCGGCUGCUUUCACCGACGAGCCGCGCCGGUGGAAUAAUGCCGCCGAUCGCGCUUUAACGCUUCGUCGCGUCGCCCGUGCCGUCUAAUCUUCGUGAAAAAUGACGGCCGCUUGUCAUCGAUAACUAUCACCGGAGCAAGAUUCUUCUGCGAGAGGCGAAAAGCCCGUCGAAGUCGGCGCGACCGGCGAGAAAUCGCGCGGAUCUUACGUCGUAGACGAACUGGAGCGUCCGAUAUACACGACGAGCUAAAUCCGCGAGUAUCGCGAGAGUCCAUUCCCUCUACGGCGCUUUGGAGUACGCGGACUAAUACUAUAGCCUGUAGCGUAACCUUCAACGGCCGCGCCGGUGUAUAAUAUUAAACAGACAGCGGCGAAAGAUCGUGGCCGACUCUCGCGGCGCGCGUCUUCGCUCGCGGAUACUUGGAAUCUCGGUGGAUACUCAAUCUACCGUGGAUAUCUAAUCGUGAAUAACGUCGUAAUUCCUAACGGCUUUGUCCGCUAUAAAUUAUUCGGUCAACGCCUUCGAGACGACCUUCCGUCGUGUACGUUCAGUUAUCCCGUAGGACCAGCGAAUACAUUUUGUAUCCCAGCCCGACCCUCGACGAUCCUUCCUGCCAAGACAUUAACGACUUCGCAGAAGAGAGCGACCCGUCCGAUCCAAUUAUCCUCCGGUCUUCAACGGCCUUGCCGCUGUGAGACGUUAACCCGACGUUAGCGGUAUCCAGCGGGGAACCGAACGAUCUUUCACGACGCGGCGACGGUGUCCUCGGCGGUAUAGCCAGUAAAUAGAGAGAAGUUAAUCUGGACGCGAGCUGACCCCCAGUGACCUCGAUAUAAGAUAGUAACUCGACAUUUUUCUGACGCUCUCCGGCGCGAUGCGCAAUACCCGACUGUGAAUCGUUCGUCAUACGGACGACGUGGCCGUUCCGGUUAGCAUGGAAACAGCCAAGAUGUACAUAAGCGAGCCGCAGAACGGUCAUACGACCACCAAGUACGCCUCGACCAACUCCAUCCCGGCGAUGAUGGAUCAGGAGUCGUCGCUGGCGAGGAUCCUCGGCGCCGUCGGCAAGCAGCGCGAGAACGCGGUGAUUCUGCGCGACAAGACUCGUCGGCACAGCGUACUGGAGGAUCUGAAGGCACGGCGGGACAGCCUCUUCCAGAGGGUCCGUAGGGCCAGCGUGUUCGAGGAGAAAGAGAAUAGCGCCAAGGACAAUACCAAGGACAAUACCAAGGACAAUACCAAGGACAGUACCAAGGACAGCGUCAAGAACGACGUGAAAGAUAACGGCGCGAAGGAGAAGCCGAAGGACAAGAGGAGGAGCAGCAGCGACAGUAACAAUGGCAGGAGAGGCUCGGUGUUCUACGUGUCCGAGGAUCUGCUGGAGGAGAAUCGGGACGUAUUGGGGAACGAGGACCGCGACUACUUGGCCCAGGAGGCCAAGAAGGGCCGCCGUAAGUCCUGGCAUCCGCUCGCGAAGCCGCCCAAGCUGGAUCGCAAGAGGAGGAAGGGCGUGUCCGGCAUUCCCGCGCAGUCCGGCAGCACGGAGGGACUUGAUUCGCAACCGAGUUACACUCGGCAGAAGAGACCGUCCUGGUGGAACAUUUUCGUACCGGACUCGGUCGUCAGGUCCAGGCGAAUGUCCCAGGACGUCACGACCUCGAAAUCGACGGAAAAUCUCUCAGCGUCUUAUUUCAGGAGCAAGAGCCGUAGCGUGGAUCAUGGAUUUACGGCACCCUUCGAUUUGGACGCUCUGCGGAACAAGGUCGAAGGACGCUUCGAAUCUGUGGAUAAACUCUCGAAAGAUUCCGAUAACGAGAGUAAAGAUGGCUCCUCGACACAGGAGAAGAAGCACGGCCGUGUCUCGCAGCCCAUCAACACCAUUGCCUACACGGUGGGUGACAGAGACACGCUUACGUCGGUGGCGGCGCGAUUCGAUACGACGCCGUCCGAGCUGAGCAAAUUGAACAGGCUCGGAAGUACUUUCAUUUAUUCCGGUCAGCAGUUAUGGGUGCCGGCGAAAGGAGAAGGACGCCUGGGAGGCGCAUCGGCCACGGAUGCGCCCAGCCCUGACCCUUGCCACGAUCACGAGUCCCAGGAUGACCUACCACCCGAAGAAAAAGAACUUCUGGAUAAUUUGAGACCAGUGUCACCAAAACCAGGCCAUAUGGAACGCAUAAAAACACCUCUUGGAACCUCUGGCGCGACUGCAGAUGAUGACGAACAACCAUUCAGAGAAAGAUUCUUGAAAAUUAAUGUCAGGCACAUCACAGAUGGCCAGGGUGUAGUCGGCGGGGUGCUGCUGGUCACACCAAACGCAGUUAUGUUCGAUCCAAACGUGUCUGAUCCUCUCGUCAUCGAGCACGGUGCUGAAUCUUACGGGGUGAUCGCUCCGAUGGAGUUUGUAGUCAAUGCUGCGAUUUAUUUUGACAUCGCGCAUAUGAGGGUCUCCCAUACCGAAUCCGGACAUUUGGACAAAAAGCCUGAGAUUUAUUACAUGAAGAAACCCCAAAUAGAUAAUCGUAAUAAAUGUCAAUCUCCGGGAAAGGACGAGAAUUUUCCUGAAUUAGCAGCCGACGAUAGCGAAAGUGUGUGUAGCUGCGCUGAAAGAGACGGCGACGCUUUUCCAAAGGCCUUUGACCGAGAGCUCGUCACUCCUACCAAUCUCCAGAGUGAGGAGAAUUCAACCUCGACCAAAGAUAAAGAGAAAGAGAAAGACAGUGAGAAAGACAGUGAGAAAGACAAUGAGAAAGAAUGUUGCACUGGCGGCCAAGGUAGUAGAACUUUAGAGGAACGCAGACGUUCCAUGCUUGACCAUCAUUGGGCAGUUCCUAGCAAAGAUCGUACAUUUUCUGUUGAUGACGAACAGCAAGAUUCGUUAAAUUCUGAUAAGGCGGAACCACCAGCUAAAUCAAAUGCCAUUCCCGAAGACGAAGAAGGAUCUCUAGUCAAAUUGUCGUGCCAUGACUCUGGUAUCGAUAUCCGCGAUCCUAAUCCACCUAUCCCAGUAGUACAGCCUAUACCAUCGAAAAAAGUUUAUUCUGAUGCAGAUAUUGUUUUAUCUUCGGAUUGGGUUCCUCCGAUAACAAUAGCACCAACGAAUGUUACGAGCACGUUGGAAGCCACUUCUGCUAUUAAUGGCAGGAAAAAAGCCAGCUCGGUGUCCUUUAGCCUAGAGAGCAAUGCAGAAGAACCCGAGAAGGAUGAAGAGCAUAAGGAGGAUGAUAAACAGGAAACUCGAAAGAACAAGAUGCUAAAACGUCUGUCAUAUCCAUUAUCCUGGAUGGAAGGUUUAACUGGAGAGAAGGAUGAUGAUAGCAGCAAAUCUCUCUCUGACAAGAUAUCGAGCCUCCCGAACAGCGCGGAUUCCCAUCAUUCCUCUGUUUUCAGCAAAGUCUUCUCGAGCUCGCCGAUCAACCUGGUGAGUGACUUUAGCUCGGGCCUGUUUGCUAAAACACCCAGCGAAGAGAGUGGCGGGGGCGGUAGAGCGGGCGGAACUCCUCCGCUUACCGCCUCCUCUCUCUCCCAGGACUUCAGCAAUUUCUCACCUGGUCCAGGAGGUCUUAUCGGACGCUCUUCCGUGGGUACUUUUAUUAGACAGCAACCUUUAACAUCUUCUGGCAGCAGCAGCGUCGAUAGCAGUCGAGGUAGCAAAACUUCUGCGACGGCACCGCGACUAGAUUACCGCAGUAUGGUCUCAGUCGACGAUAUGCCGGAAUUAUUUGUGAGUUUCGACAAACUGAUCCCACGACCUGCUCGUUCCUGUGAGGACCCACCGUUAUACUUGAGACUACGAACAGGAAGACCCAAGGACAAGAAGAUACCACGAUCGACGCCAAUUAUGAGCUACGGCAAGAAGAAGCUGCGUCCCGAAUACUGGUUCAGCGUACCACGCAACAGAGUGGACGAUCUAUACAGGUUUAUUCAUGCGUGGGUGCCGAGUCUCUACGGUGAAUUGGAUGAGAACUACUGGCGGGAACGCGGCUACAUCCUGUCCGAUACAGACACCGACCUGUCGCCGGAACUGUCGCCCCGCGAGAGCGGCGAGGGCGCGGAUUCCCCGGAGGAGCCCAAAACUGACGAAAUCAGCGAGUUGACAAGGGAAUCCUGGGAGCUGAUCAAGGCCCCCUACGUAAAGCUGUACAGCAUCCUGAAGACCUCGAGCACGUCGGCCGAUUCCGAGCAGAUCCAGGAUUCGGAGGUACUGUCUAUGAGCGAAGAGUUCAGGCGAGCUCUUUACGCGAACAGUGCCAUUUCUUUGGACAACGAUGUCAUUGUGCCUGAUCUCAUCGGCACGACGGAAAUACUCAGCGACGAGCACAGGGAACAGCUCUGCCGUCAUCUGCCCGCGAGAGCGGAGGGUUACCAGUGGACUCUCGUCUUCAGCACCAGCCAGCACGGCUUCAGUCUCAACAGCAUGUAUCGAAAAAUGGCGAAGGUCGAGAGUCCGAUCUUGUUGGUCAUCGAGGACACGGAGGGCAAUGUGUUUGGUGCACUGACCUCGUGUUCUCUGCACGUGAGCGAUCACUUUUAUGGUACCGGCGAGUCCCUGCUCUUUAGGUUUACGCCGAGGUUCCAGUGUUUCAACUGGACCGGGGACAACCUGUAUUUCAUCAAGGGCAACAACGAGAGCUUAGCGAUCGGUGCUGGAGACGGCAAGUUUGGGCUUUGGCUGGACGGUGAUCUGUAUCAGGGCAGGACACAAUCCUGCAGCACAUACGGCAACGAGCCGUUGGCGCCGCGCGAAGAUUUUGUCGUUAAAACAUUGGAAUGCUGGGCAUUCAUAUAGGACACGGCCUCAUAUCCCCAGCCCGCCACUCCUUCGCCAUCACCGCAGCCUAAUUUAACCUGAACUCGUGAGCCUUGUGAAGGUUUCGCUCCCAGGAGAGAUUAGAGGAAGACUAACGAUUCUAAGGACAUUGUCGGAGGAGUUGAGUCGUGUGUCGUUGUUGUCACGACACCUCGAUUAACUCGAUCGCCAUUUGGGGAAAUCUCGCCCAGUGCCAGACAGGAUGAUUCUCUGAGAAGAAAAGAAUCGUCAAUGUCCACACGAAGAGACAACGAUUGCCUGAAGAUUGGUGAGAGCGACGAGACGCAGCCUCGAAAGGGAUGCGGACGUUUGUAAAAGAGACUGUCAUGGCCCGAAGUUAUGCGAUCAUAGCGUGUGCUGCAACAUGCCUACCUGCGUAUCUCGUAGCUACUGAUUAUCGUUAAUUGCCCCCGACUCCCCUGUCUUUUUUUAAGUUGGCAUAUUUAUUUUAUUUUUUUUUAUAUUUUGUUGAAUGAGUUGUUGUUGCGAAUUGAAUGUCGUUCGUCAAUUUGAUUUGCGGUUAUUUGUGAAUUGACCGAGAGUCGAAGAAUUAUGAUUACUUUAUACGAUAAUCGUUACUUCGAACUAGUCGUGAGUUUACACAUCUAACGCCAAUAUAAAGAUAAUUACGAUAAUGAUGAUGAUGAUAAUGAUGAUGAUGAUGAUAAUGCAGAUGAUUAUAGUAAUGAUGGUGGUGAUGAAAGAAUGAAAGUGUGAAUGAUUGGAAAAGAUAUGGAUGGUAAAUGCGAGGCGAGACACAUAACGUUUGAAAGAAAACAAUUUACAAAUUCAAUACGAUGAAGAUGCUAAAACUAACAGUUUGUUGAUGUGUAGAUAAUGUAGAUAGUAAAUGUAAAUAUAUAUAUAUACAUAUAUAUACAUAUUAUGAUCGUGUUGCAAUGAUUGAUUUUGACGGUACAAGUAGAGAGAACUCUUUGCGGAACGCUGUGUAGCUCGUCAUGUAUAAUGCAGAUGUUUAUUGAGAACCAAGAAACGUAUACGCGACACGUAUAUACAUAUUACAUGCAUACACAUGAGGAUUGAUACACAGAUUGCGGGAAGCGUGCUCUCGCGCAACCGAAUAUAAUGAUCCAUGAUCUGAGAAAAAAAAAUGUAGUUUUAAAGAAAGGAGAUACCUCGAGCUGACCUUACGAUUAGAAGAGGAACGUGAAGUCGAACGAGAAGUCAAUGAUGUUGUGGAUUGACUUAAGUCAGAGCGUAUUCGCGAAUCUUGUCGUCAGUAAAUUAGUAAAUGUGCUUUGGAGUCACGAGUGACCACAACGAACACACAUGCCUGUGCCUGCUUCGCUCUCUUUGUCUCCCUCCGCCAAGUGUACUCGCGGAUAUGAAGCGAGUAUCUCGAGCGUGAAUCCAUCUUCCUACCAGCGUACGAAUCCCCUGAUGCAAACGAUCAAUCACUUUAGAUAGCACAUCGGACGAGGAAUCAUCGCGUUCUACUCGCGUUACGAUACUCUUUUAGACCUAGUCCAACUUUGUACGACCGAUUAUACACACAAUCACACACUGUUCGAGCUUAUAAUCUCUAUCGCGCGCGAGCGUCGCCAGGUUAAAACCUAGCGUGUGUGUCUAUUUGGCGCGCAUUGUCUAUUUGCAAAGAGAAAGUGAGGAGAACAAAAUCUUGUAAUGCGCGCAAGGCGAGCGAUCUUCAAGCGCAAAAAAGAAGGGAAAAUGUGCAAAAGCGUUUUAUCAAUUGUCGUAUUGCGCGAGAUCGGACGAACUUUUCUAAUACAUUAAGUUAUGAACAUUGUGACUGAGUUGCAACCGUUUGAGAAGACCCACGUUUGGCGCGUGUCACUGACUCACCACCUUGAACAAAUCACAUAUUUUAUACCACGUAGACCUAACGACGACACCGCCGUAUAUCUUUCUCCUUCUCCCCAUAAUUACUCUAGAUACAAUUUCUAUUCUACGAGAGACCACGCGUUGUAUUGUUUGUAUAUGCGAUUACGGGAUCCUCGUAAUCUUAACGAAGGCGUUCCUCUGCUGGUCGGUUACCGAUCAGCAGGGCCGCACACGACGACCAAGAGUGCUUAUUAUACUAACGACAACACAACUUACACACGCGAGCACAAUAAAACACACGCAGAAAACUUUUUAUCUACCUUUACCUGUUUACCUCUUUCUCACUUGUGACACACAGAUUCCUCUCUGCCGAUGUACACCAUCGGAGAAACGUUCGAAAGACUGAACGGUCGAUCCAAGAUAUCCUAACAGAAGAACGAGACCCAAGUGUUCGCGCACUGGUUACAAGACGCACUAUAAAAAAAAAAAGAAAAGAAAGCGCGUGAUUAAAGCCACCGACUGGGCAGAGUACAGUGUGUGACACUUAAUGAGAAUUUGAAACUGACACAGUUUCGAUGAGGGUUUAAUUUUCCACGCGAUGCGAAACGGAUGUUAAGACGUGUGAUGGUAGACGUUAAAAAAUAUAGACUUUACCGAUCCUCACAAAACUCAACACGAGUGAGCAUAGAGUCCAUUUUUCGCGUGCAUGUAGCGAAAUCCUAUAAUCUAUCGGGAUUGGUUCUCUCGAUCCCACGAUGUCGACGAAGCACAAACAAAGUAUCAAGUCAACGUGCAGCACUACCGGCUUCACUAGGGUAGCAGUCUCGAAUUUGUACACUUCAAAUGCGACACAUAAUAACACGUUGCGUACGAUUAGAGUUGCUUAGAGCGUAAAUUAGACACUAGGCGUAAUCAUGUGAUAUUAAGUGAAAAGAAAAAAAAGAAAAAAGCAGUUGCGCUCCUAGAUGAUUUAUCGAGUCGCUUCGACGGUACCACGUGGUUGCAUACGCGACGUCGUCAUGUACACCAUAUAUACAUAUAUAUAUAUAUACAUAAACACAAAACAUACCUCGAGAUAAAGAUAUUUUCGCUUCCUUGAUCCGCGAAGCGAUUGCGUGCGAUUGCGGGAACGUUGCUCGAGGAACAGACGGAUUCGAAAUGCGCGGUCAGGAUAAUAGCAUCUGUGUGCGAGAAAGAGCGAAGUACGUGCUGCAUCCGACAGCAGGUGACGAUAACGAUAAGCCAAAUGAAGGGAAAAGAAUUACUCAUGAUCCUCGCCUUAAUGUGAAAAAAAAAAAAAAGAAAUUAAGAUGUCAAUGUGCACUGUAACGAAAAUAAAACAUUAAGUAUUUCUGGGAAACGAGCUUUUCGUUGAUUUUUUAUUUUUCUUCGUUUUCGUCGUUCGCACUUCUUGCGUGUCUUUCGUUGUCGUUUGUCAUUCGCGGUCGAGCCGUAACACAUAAGCAGAACCGAUAAUAUAUGUGUGCGUGAUCUUCCGGUCGGCCAACGCCACCGAGACGAGUUCGAUAGGUCUAUAUUGUUUCAGCAUCUCGUACUGUGAACUUUGCAAACCAGGAGGUGAUAAAAAAGAUAUCCGUAAGAUUUAAUUUACACGCCUAGGGAACUACUACGGAUAAUGUUUGCUAAUUGAUAGUUAUAUUUAUGUGCGUGAUAGUGUGCCAAGUCUUCUUGCACACCUAUUGAUAUCAUAUAUCGUAUGUCAAUGCGCGAAUGACGCUUCUCGCUAUCAUCUGAGAGUGAGAUUUCGCUUUUCUUCUUCCGCAAAGCGUCUUCUAUAUCGGAUGUAGGAGUGCGCGGCAGAUACAGAUUAUCUAGAGUAUUUCAAAGAAACACGCGGUACUGCCUCUGUAGAAGUAAACUAAAAUGUACCCAGUGGCGGAUUACUCAUUAGGCGCGGUAAAUGUUUUUGCGAUCUUACAGAAAACAAUUGAAAUAAAUUAUACGAUUGAUUGAUACUCGUAGUGUUUAAAUAUCAGACAUUUAAAUUGCUCCUAUGGUCUUUUUUUAAAUAAUGUGUGAUUUUAUAUUAUAUGACUUGUUGUGUAAGAGAAUGUUAGAGAAUUUAUGAGUUAUGCGUUGUUUGGAGCAACGUUCAGAGCCCCGACAUGUUCCAAUCCGCCACUGAACGUAGCAAAUGAGACUAGAAAAAGAAAUCCCAAUUGUAACGAACGACGUUUCCUGUUGUAUAUAUGUAUGAGCGUAUUUCGGCCAGCGCACGUUUAUAGGACACCUCCGUGAGACU